AAACUGGACGCUCAGCUGAGUCUCCGUUGCACCCCACUUCAUCCUCUGGGACCGUGGGGGAAAGGGCGCAGGGGUUCACAGCUUUGCCUCGGAGGGUCAGUUUUUAUAGUGGGCGCAAUUAGUGGGUAACAGGGUCCAGAUGGGAACAAGCGUGUAGGCGAUCCGAAACUCGGGGAACCCCGGUGUUAGUCUACUCCCCCUCCCGCCCCCGGACAACACGCACACGCUUAACACAACACGCACAACAUAACGCGCGCGCACACACACACACAUAUAGUCCAUCCGCGCCGAGUUGCUUCCGGGAAAACAAGCCCAGAAGGCGGCGGACACUAGCAUAAAGUCACGCAGUAGUACUCGGAGCCCGGGGUAGAACCUGGACUUCAAAUCUCUGCACUCCCGGCCGGGUGGUGGGCCCAUAUCCUGGGUAGCCUCUAGGAAGCGCUAGACACAUGGAACCAAGGCGGAAUCAGCCCGGCAGCUGGCAAGUCAUGGAGCACUGCCUGUCCAUCUGCGAGCUAACAACAGUCGCGCUGGAAGUCAACAAGGGAAAUGGAAAGGGAGAGACGCAGCCUCCACAGGGGCUCACGCCCUGGGACCUGAGCCAGUGUGAACAAGGUUUUCCGGUUCUAGCCAGAGGAAGUUGCAGCCAGGCCUGGCAGUCUCCCCUGCUCCCUUCCACCGGCUUGGUUCCUGUUCCUGCUGGUCCUGGGAGCCCCCGGCAGAUGGACUGCCCUUAUCAGCCGGCUCCAGGCCAGAGAAGGAAUCCUCCGGUCACAUGUGGCUCUCUGGAGGGAGAGAGACCUCGUAAAUACAUACAGCCCACGCAGAGGAAGGGGGGAGGGUCAAGGGGAAAGAAACCUUGACAUUUUGGCUGCUGGGCCAGGAUUAAAGGCCACCAGGCAUAGUCCUUAUUGGCUAUUUCUACGAGGAAUCUCAAAUCCACGUGGUUCCCUGGUGACAAGGCUGACUUUGACUAGCCCUGGGAUCUGGGGCAUUCCCAGUGUGCUGCUGGCUUGAUCCAGGCCUAAUCCUUUGCCCAGGACUGACCUUUCACAGUUUACAGAGCACUUUAUCUCCUGGCUCAGUGAAGUCUCACAGAACCCUCCAGAGAGAAGGGAGUUUAUCAUCACCCUCAAUUUACAGAUGAGGAAGCUGAGGCUGCAACUGUAACUGAUUGACUGCUGGCUACACAGCUACAAGUGACUGAGUCCAGCCUGAAAGCCACAUAUAUUCUCCCACCAAAUCCAGAGCUGCCAAAUACACCACCUCCUCCUCCUCCAUGAGUCUUGCUUUGUG